GUUUGAUAAAUAAUUCAAAAUUAUUUGAUAAUAAUAAUGGAAAUAAAAAUUCAUUGACAUUAAAAUCAAAUUCUCAGAGAGAAUUUGAUUAUUCAACUACAAGUUUAUUUUCUAUAAUUUAUACAUUACAAUGUUGGUGGUCAAGUCAAUUUAUUAAGCAACAAUUACGUUUGAGAGAACGAUUAAAAAAAUCCAAGGUUUUUCAAAACAUUUUGUAUAAUCAAGAUGAAUUGGAACGAGUAUUGGAUGAUUUACAAAAAAAUCCUGUAAUAAGGAAUGAUCGAAUAAUUGAUGCUAAAGAUGAUAAAGAUUCUUCAUUUAUAAUGCGAAAAAGGUUUUGCAGGCGGCAAAAAAUGUUGCAGUUACAGCCUAGCGUACCUACAAUCUUUGAGGAAGAUGAGUCAGAAAUGCGAUUUGAGUAUGAAUCUCAUGAAAUUAUGAAUUCAGAAUAUGGUUAUUUAACAACUAUAAUUGAAGAGGAAGAUGAUGAUGAUUCAGGUGAUAGUGGAUACAAUAGUAGUAAUGAAAGAACUUCGGAUCCAUACGAAAAACAAUUCUUUAAUAUUAGCGGAUUGGACUAUUCUUCAAUUCAUCAAUCUUCUCAAUUUUUUACUACUUUAUAA